AAUACCCCAAGUCAUCUGCCACAACAAAACAUUCUUCUGUCAGCCAAUUUACGACUGUAGCGUAGAGGCCCCUGCAUAUGCAGGCGCUAUACAUUUACUUUUAAAUUUUCGGCAUGGAGCCCAGUGUUACAAUUUAGAACCUUCCCGAAAUAGAAAAAGUAGUACACGGUCAAGUCAGGGAACGGACAGGAGGGGGAAAAAACACAAAAACAAAACAAAACAAAGAUGGCUGUGUAGCCAGAGAGACAAGUCCCAACAGAACUCUCUCUCCAGCUGUAGAGCUGUGGUGGUCGUGGUCCAGUGGACAGACAGACAAAUCGAGAGCCAGCCGGUACCGGAGCAGCAGGCAGGGACGCGGGGGAGAGCAGCCGAACAGGGCCGCUGGCAGGGCACGUCGUUACCUGCUGUCGUUGCGAAUAACGGACAGCUGAGUGAGGCCGAGUUGUUUUUGUUCUGCCUGGGCUCAGGAAAACGGACUGCUAGCCUCGCUGUAAGUCAUCUAAACUAGUCAAAAUUUGAUUUCAUUAGUAGCUACUAUAAAAUCUCGUUAUGUCUUAAGAAUUGGCUUGUUAAAAUCAACCUUCCUGUGUACAGGGCUGUGUUCACAGUGAGCUUGCUUCUGACGCGUUAGCCUAGCUCACGUUAGCUCGACAGGUUGUUAGCUAACCCGAGCUACCGUCCUAAUAUUUUUCGGGCUCAGCCUGGUUCGGGCAGGUACAUAACAGGCAUUUUUCCAGGCAGCCAUCGCAAUGUCUUCGCUGGAAGAAAGAGACGUGGGCGUUGCGGUCGCUCCAAGCUCCUCCUCGGCCGGCCUGGGGGUCGGGGCCGUGGGGGCAGCGGUGGAGGCUGUCGCCGGGGUCGCGGCCAUGCAGGAGGAUGUCGCUAUACGGCGAGAGGGGCCCGAGGCUGACCCGGACGAGCCACCCAAAAAGAGGUUGAAAAUACCCGAAGGAGAGUCAGGGAAGCUGGAGGAGAGACUGUACUCGGUGCUGUGCUGCACCGUGUGCCUAGACUUGCCCAAGGCGUCUGUGUAUCAGUGUACCAAUGGACACCUGAUGUGUGCUGGCUGUUUUAUUCACCUCUUGGCCGAUUCUCGUCUCAAGGAGGAACAGGCCACGUGUCCCAACUGCAGGUGUGAGAUAAGCAAGAACCUGUGCUGUAGGAACCUUGCAGUGGAGAAGGCUGUCAGCGAGCUGCCGACAGAAUGUACCUUUUGCCUAAAGCAGUUCCCCCGCUCCAGCCUGGAGAGACACCAGAAGGAGGAGUGCCAAGACAGGGUGACGCAGUGCAAGUACAAGAGAAUCGGUUCGACCAAGACUGGUACAGAGUUGAUGGGAAUACUGGGGGAGAUGGACCAGAACCACCGCAGAGACAUGCAGCUCUACAACAGCAUCUUCAGCCUGCUGUGCUACGAGAAGAUCGGCUUUACAGAGGUGCAGUUCAGACCGUAUCGCACUGACGACUUCAUCACUCGGCUGUACUACGAAACUCCACGUUUCACUGUUCUCAACCAGACGUGGGUGCUGAAGGCCCGAGUCAACGACUCCGAGCGCAAUCCCAAUCUGUCCUGCAAGCGUACGCUCUCCUUCCAGCUCAUCCUCAAGAGCAAGGUGAACUCUGCCCUGGAGUGCUCCUUCCUGCUGCUGAAGGGGCCGUACGACGACGUGCGGAUCAAGCCGGUCAUCUACCACCACUCCUUCAGCAACGACACCAACGAGACCGAAUACGUCCCUCUGCCCAUAUCCGACUCGGUGGAGUGCAACAAACUGCUGGCCGCCAAAAACAUCAACCUGCGCCUGUUCAUCUUCCAAGUCCAAAAAUAAAGACCUCUAGAGGGGGAAGGCGAGGAGGAGGAGUGCUGGAACGGAUGAAGGAGGAGUGCGUUGAUUGAAGGCCAGCGUCAAAGAGAAGACGUGAUGAUUAAAGAGAGACACCACUGAACCAUUGAUACCUCUUAACACACACACACACACCCACACACACACACACACACGCUAAUCACAACACGCAUAAUAACGCUGUUUUUACAAGAUAGUGAGCUGGUUUUCUCCAGAAAGCUGUGAGUUGCUGUGAAGACGAGACUGGAGGGAUGAAACCUGGGGAAUUGGAGGAUAGAAGCGGUGGUGGUGGUGGUGGUGGUGGGUGUGGGUGUGUGGUACCUGUGGUACGUGACCGACGAUUCGCUUUGGACGCCCACAGAUGAAGGCAAGUACGUGCGUGUGUGUGUGUGCGCGCCUUGUUGAAUGUUUGCGUACAAAAAGAAAUGGAAAAAAAAAAAAAAACGACCAAGAAGAAGCGACGAUCCACAGCGUGCGUCCAGAUAUCUCUGCUGGCAUGAUCGCCCGUCCCAAAGACGGGCGAUGAUGCGAAAAUAGAGUGACUGACUCUGCUCAGCUGUUGUUUGGAGGUGUGAAUGAGGGCGGAAGGGGGCAGAUGUGUGUUUUGUCUCCCCGUCUCCCUCUGCACACCAGUUUUGUUUUGUUUUUUUCCUCCCUUUCAACACCUUCCCUGUCAUUUUUGCAUCUGCUAAGCGACUCCAGCGCUCCACCGCCACCACCCCUUCCCUCCACCCUUCAAGGGGAGAGACGGCCGCGCUGCGUUUUAGUUCCUUCUUAUUCCUCCUGCCGUGGUUACACUAACAGCCUCUUCUGUUCUUUUAACCCUGAAUAUUUAAGUAUCUGUGAUUUUUUUUUCUUAUCUUUUUUUCUUUUUGAUUGAGUGUUGAGUUUUUGAAUGAAUGAAUGAAUGAAUGAAUGUGUGUGUCAACAGAUCACAGCUGUGACGUUGUGCAGGACGGAACCAAAACAUUCAGGGGCUUCGCUGUGUCACUUGCUUUCUGGUAACUAAACAGGCUGUGUGUUUAUAUUUAUUUCAGCUGUUUUACAUCAAGCAUUUUCCUUUUUUUCUUUUUUUUUUUUUUUUUUUACUUAAAAAAAAUGCUUUCUUAGCAAUUAUUUUUUAAAAAGCUGUUUUUGAUUUUUGCUUUUAACACCUUUGAGGAAAUCAAAGCUAGUUUAAUCGCUCCUUAGAUAACAAAUUUUUUUAUCUAAUUAUGUUAAUCUUGCUUUUUUUUGUGAUUUGUGUUUUUUGUUUUUUUUUCUCCCUCCUAAAUUUAAUACGGUUUUUACCACAAAGUAACUGAACCACAGAAGAAGAGUUUGCAUGAAGCGGUGUGUAUGGGAGCGGCGGGAUGGCUCCAGAGGCGUUUGACCUGACUACAGACACAUCUUGGUGUUAGACGGACUUGAACGAAGCGAGAUGAUGUUACUCAUGUAGAUUCUACUGUAAAAGCAGGCAGAUCUCUCUCCUCCCGACCUCUGCUUCCUGUAUUUCUGUGUUUUUGAUGCUUCGUCUCUAUGCUGGUGGACUCACUCAUCUCACUUUGGCUGUACAUGUGCCUUUUAUUAAAGAUGAUGGAACCUGCA